UGAGUAGUGGGAGGGGGGCCAAGGGGUGUGUGAGAGCUGUUGUAAAGGGUGUGUCUUUGGCUGCUUGCAGAAGAACACCCACCACGCACACAUACACACAAGAGGACAGAAACAACCAGUGAAAGCCAGAGGGAGAGCUAGACAGCAGACAGAGCAAGAGAGAGGGAUAGACUGCUGCCCAGUGCUCUGCCUUAUGCUGCCAUGGCUUCAUGCGGGCCAGCUGGGAUUUGCUGUUUCCUGCUUCUAAUCCUGUGUUUCACUGUGGUUUUCAAGGCAGAAGCAACAGCGGGGAAGAAUGGUCUACUCAGGAGGCAGAAGAGAGAGUGGGUCAUCCCUCCAGCCAAACUGAAGGAGAACUUUGACUACACCCAGAAAGACUAUAUUGCCAAAGUUCGCUCCGACUUAGUCAGUACUUACUCUGUGAAGUACUCUUUGUCUGGAAAAGGUGCAGACGAAGCACCAGUGAACCUUUUCAUUGUGAACCCAGAUACAGGAUUUGUUAAAGUAACAGGAAUUCUGGACAGAGAGGAAUAUCGAGUGUUCAAUCUGACAGCACGCGCAAGGUUCAGUAAAGGCAGCUUGGCAGAAAAUCCGGUUGAGUUAUCUAUACAGGUGCUUGAUGAGAAUGACAACGCACCUGUAUUCCAGCCCCUGUCAGUAUCAGUCAGAGAAUGCAGCCAAGUUGGUACCGUUGUUGCAACGAUGACUGCCUACGACGCUGAUGAGGAGGGAAGUAUAAACUCAAAGAUUGCCUACAGCAUCUUGAGCCAAGAACCUACAGGGUCGGAGCAUGUUUUCGCCAUUGAUGAAACCACAGGAGAAAUCACUGUGAAGAGACCAAUCCUGGACCGAGAGAUGCUUGAUUCGUACACAGUCGUUGUACAAGGAGUUGAUGGGUUUGGAGCUCCAGGUGGAAACACAGCGACUGGGAAAGUGCACAUCACAGUCCGAGACAUCAACGACAACGUCCCCACUCUGGAGAAGGACAUGUACAAUGGAAACGUGGAUGAAGGAGCAGAGGACCUGGUGGUGAUGAGACUCAAAGCUCUCGAUGUGGAUUUAGUGGACAGUGAUAACUGGCUGGCCGUUUUUCACAUUGUGUCCGGAAACGAGGAAGGCCUAUUCACCAUCGAAACCGAUCCUGUAACUAAUGAAGGCAUCCUGAGGCUGGUUAAGGCAGUGGAUUAUGAGACAAUCAAAAGUAUCGACCUGGAUUUGCUAAUUGAGAAUGUUGCUCCUUUCGUCAAUGGAUCUGCCAUAGCUUUGGGCUUGGAGAAGGAUAUACCUGGAUCAGGAAUAAGCCCUCCAGGAGGGGGUGGUGGUGGGGGUGGCGGGGGAGGUGGGGGUGGAGGAGGUGGGCCAGGUAUUGUUCCUAUUGGACCUGGUGGCCCGGUUAAGCCUGUUGGUCCGGGUGGAGGAGGUGGGCCAGGUAUUGUCCCUAUUGGACCUGGGGUAAAACCAGGCAUCAAACCCGGGCCAGGUAAAAAACCUGGGAAAAGUUACCCAAUCAAGAUUGCAGUGAACAACAUGCCAGAUGGACCAGGCUUCCAACCCAAGGUGAAGGAGAUACCGGUGUCAGAGGACCCAGAGAAGGUGAAAGUCCCAAUGGUGAUUGCCAGCUACCCCGCCACAGAUGGAGAUACUGGAGAGGUGGCAGAAAAUGUAAGAUAUGCCAAAGGUCUUGAUCCUGAUAAUUGGUUCACCAUUGAUCAUACAACAGCAGAGAUUACCCUAAACAAGGUGCCAGAUCGAGAGUCUCCAUUCGUGGUGAACGGGACGUACACAGCCAUGAUCCUUUGCAUGACAGAAGAUAUGCCAAGUAAAACUGUCACUGGAACCAUAGCGAUAAAUGUGGAAGAUUCAAAUGACAACUGCCCCAUGCUGGUGACCACGUAUCAGCAUGCCUGCAGCGACACCAAAGUUGUGUAUAUUUCGGCUUUUGAUGAGGAUGACAGUGCAAACCCGCUGUCCUUUCGGCUCAUUCAAGAGGAAAGCCAAGGAGCAUGGGAGGUGAAGCCAGUCGAUGACACCACAGCUGCCUUCUGGGCCAAGGAGCUCUUGUGGCCAGGGGUGUAUCGUAUAACCGUGGAAGUGUCUGAUGCUCAGGGUUUGACCUGCUCCGACAGACAGACGGUGGAGCUGCAUGUGUGCACGUGUGUCAACGAGGGAGAAGAUUGUGGCGGCCUCAAGGCAGCUCUGCAAACCAGCUCCAAAACCAAUGUGGGAAUGUCCGCUAUCGGCCUAAUGUUUCUGGGGCUGGCGCUCAUGUUGGUGGUCCCGCUUCUGCUAAUGUUCUGCCAGUGUGGAUCAGCAGCAGCACAGUUUACUGAACUGCACUUCGGUGCUAAAGAGCACCUGAUCCCAUAUCAUAUUGAAUCAAAUGGAGAGGACAAGGAGGUUCCUCUCUUAAGCUGUCCGGUCAACCUUGGCGAUGCAGGCUAUGCUGUAAGUGCUGUGAAUGUGGCUAAUGUUGCCACCAAGUCCUCCAUGGGUCUUCUCGGCAGAGGAACAGGUAGCUUCUACGGCGAAACAGGAAGCACAUUUCAUCAGGGGAUGAUGGGCGGGAUGCGAGAGAUGGACCAUCGGUACGAGUUCACGCAAAAUACAUUUGCCUCAGGACAGAGGCAGGAACUUUAUGCUUCUUAUCCCCACUUGCAGCAAGACAUCUUUGAACAGAUUGCGCUACCUGAUGAUUUGCUCCAUGAGUACUAUUCUGAGAAGGCGAUAUAUGAAACACAAAACCACAAACUAAAUGACGGUCUGCUUGUGUAUGACUACGAGGGGCAGGGAUCUCCUGCUGGCUCUGUGGGCUGCUGUAGCCUUCUCGGGUCUGACGAUGACCUUCAGUUUCUCGACAAUCUCGGGCCACGAUUCACCACACUUGCCCAGAUCUGCAAACCCCCAAAACCAUUAGCAGUAAGGAAGGCUGAAUCGCUGCAAACUGAUGUCAUGAGAGAAAGUUCAAUCUCUACCAGCAAGGUUACGGUUGUCCAGGCUCCUCCCCCACCUCCUUCCAUCCAGACCACAGCCACUGAAACCACCAGGACUAUCAGCAGCUCUGCCACGCUUCCUCGAAUGCAGUUGCGUGAAACUGUGCCCACCCAGACUGUGUUGUUGCAGCAGCAGCCCCUGUACUACAUAGUGGAGCCACAGGUUCAGAGCAGAGUGCUGCUGGCCGAGAGGCCCCCUGGGGGACUGGGUCAGGGCAUAUUUCUAGUCAACCAUGGACCCAUGUUACAGGGAGUCAGCACCCCAACUAGCCCCACGCUACUGCUUCAGGGUGGUCAUACCCUGGUUCAACACACUGACGGGUCACAACAUGUGGUGCUCAUGCAAAGGCAGCCUGGAGAUGUAGCACAGAUGCCAGGCCAGACAUUCACCCCUGCACCCCAGCAGAUGCAUAUCCCCAGACAAGAGAGGGUGGUCCUAGUGGACAAGCAGGUAGGGAUGAAGCAAGAUGCCCCAGGAAGUGUCAGAACACUGUGGCCAACAAGUCAUUCAAGUGAAAGUCCAACAAUGCCAGCCUAUGAAAGUGGUCAGAUGAGCAGUGAGAGAGUUAACAUGGCACAAAGCAACAUAACCCAUGUUCCAGUACCUCAACCCCAGCAACCCAAUUUCAGCACACGGUUCUUCGAGGGGUUGGGGGGUCCGGGUCCGGGUCCGGGUCCGGGUCCAGGUCCGGGUCCAGGUCCGGCACCAGCAGGACACCCGAUGAGCUCUUUUCCAAGCAUACGCGUACAGGAGGUAAUUUCUGCUACUGCCAUUCCAAAAGUUCCUCAUAUAGCACCAGGAACUUCACAGAUUGAGACUGAGCUGCAGAAGAAAGUGUUUUUUGAGGAAACAGUUGUGGAUUUGACCACAGACACAUCCCAACAAGAGGAGGUCUCAGUGGAGAUCCAGGGGAGCGUUUUGGCUGAGGAACAUGUGGCAGUGGAGGUUGAGUCUUACAAACCUGAACCUCACCUGAAGAUAGACAGCGUGGAGAAAGCCACAGUUGUGCCAGAAGAUCUCUCUGACGACCUUGGUGAGCCUGAUGUGGACGCCACUGUAGACCAUGGGGAAAGCCUGCCUGUGUCCUCACAGGACGUGACCGUAUCAUCACAAAUGUCAGUGACUGAGGACCCUACCCAACACAAUGUCCCUAAGCUGGCAGAGGGGAAUUUAACAGGAGCCAUACUUGGAAACACAGAUUCUGGGUGGACAGUGGAUGCCUAUUCAUCUGACACAACUCUUCUAUCUGUACCUGAGGUAUCCCCAGAUGACUCUGACAUCAUUGAUCUGGUAGCAGACCAGAUUAGUGCUGGUAACUCACUGCAGUGCGAGUCAGGAAUGGUGGAUGAUACAACCUCUCUGUCAGUGGGUGAAUUGGUGUCUUCAACAAACGACACACAUGCUGAGGAGAUUGAAAAUGAGGUAUCCAGUAUAUCACUGGAAGACACUCCUGAAGCAGAAGAGUCAGGCCCUGGGGACGGAGAAGCAAGCAAUGUCGAUGGACCCACAGAAUUAACUCCUUCAGUAGACAUUCCAGUUUCACUUCAAGAGACAACAGAUGUUUCAGAGACUGAACUUCAAUCUCGUACCCUGGAGCUGGAUAUAGACAAGAGCCCCGGCCCAGAGGUAUCUCUGGAAACCUUCCAGGGUACUGACCCAGUGCAUAGUGAGAAUGACUCUAGCAUGGACAUCCCAGAAGCAGACAAACCAAUGCAAGCAGAGAUGGAACCCCUAAGGGAAGCUGAGCAGGACUUACAGGGUGGAUCUUUGGAGGUCUCUGAAAACCAAUCAGAAAGAAAUGAAGAGGAACAGGACCCCAUAAACGAAGGGACAGUGGAUGCCUAUUCAUCUGACACAACUCUUCUAUCUAUACCUGAGGUAUCCCCAGAUGACUCUGACAUCAUUGAUCUGGUAGCAGACCAGAUUAGUGCUGGUAACUCACUGCAGUGCGAGUCAGGAAUGGUGGAUGAUACAACCUCUCUGUCAGUGGGUGAAUUGGUGUCUUCAACAAACGACACACAUGCUGAGGAGAUUGAAAAUGAGGUAUCCAGUAUAUCACUGGAAGACACUCCUGAAGCAGAAGAGUCAGGCCCUGGGGACGGAGAAGCAAGCUAUGUCGAUGGACCCACAGAAUUAACUCCUUCAGUAGACAUUCCAGUUUCACUUCAAGAGACAACAGAUGUUUCAGAGACUGAACUUCAAUCUCGUACCCUGGAGCUGGAUAUAGACAAGAGCCCCGGCCCAGAGGUAUCUCUGGAAACCUUCCAGGGUACUGACCCAGUGCAUAGUGAGAAUGACUCUAGCAUGGACAUCCCAGAAGCAGACAAACCAAUGCAAGCAGAGAUGGAACCCCUAAGGGAAGCUGAGCAGGACUUACAGGGUGGAUCUUUGGAGGUCUCUGAAAACCAAUCAGAAAGAAAUGAAGAGGAACAGGACCCCAUAAACGAAGGGGACGUGUCUGAUGCAGGGAGCAUGGAGGUACAGUGCUCCACAGCCCAUUCAGACCAAACAGAUGAUUUGAGUGAGUCAGAGAGUGGUGGAUAUGAUGAGGCAGUAUUAGAUGCAGAGGUCACACCAAUCAAGUCAGAGGGGGUGCAUCUGUGCGACAAUAAGGAAACCAUGCCGGUGGCCAUGAAUGCACAACCUGCCGCUCCAGUUGAGUCAGAGAUGUCCAUGCAAACUGUGCAGCAUACCAUGACAGUGGAGACAGAGGCAGAGUCAGUGGUUGACGAAUCACUCGAGCAUCAUGUGUCAGAUGUAGCAGGAGUAGAGGAGGCUAGAACCUCAUUAGGAGCUGAGGGAGAAUCAGUAGAGGCUGUGUUCAUUGUAGCAACAGCAGAGCAGCCAGACAGUCAGCUGGGCACAGAGGGAGAGUCUGAAGGUGUAGUGGCAGAUAAACUUGAGGUUGAGGUUGUGAGUACAGGAUCAGAGAAUGCUGAUGCUGAUAUAGUAGGAGAACAAACAGAGAAGAUAGUGGCCACAGCAGUGCUUGAAGAGGCGGGAGAGCCAUUGGGCUUGGAAAGAGCAGUGGAAGAGCUUGAGUCACAGGCUGCAAUAGAGGCACAGCAGGGUACUCCACAGUUAACAAGUGAGGAGGAAGAGCAAAAGCGAGCUGAACCACAACCAAGGAGAGUGGAGAUGGAGACAGAGGGGCCACUGACUCUGGAAACUCUACAGACGCUGGAAGUGACAGGAGACCUGUAUUUACAGACAGAAACAGUGGAAGCUAGUACUACCUGUCUGGCUGCUGAAGUAGGAGAGAUUCUGCACAGUGCAGCAUUUUCACAAGAGGUGGAAGCAGACUUCCCCACAGAUGAGAGCACAGAGGAGCAGGACAGGGAGGGGGCACUGUCCGAGGGCCAGGAGCAGGGGGCUACAGCUGAAGUCAGUUCCAGCAGUCUGGGUAAAAAGGAGAAAAAAGCCAGCAAGAAAGGGCCAAAGGGUCCCAAAAGCCCAACGAAUCCUAUGGGGAAAUGUAAACAACAGUAA